CAUCGGGUGAAAACUAAGAAGCGGGCAGAAGAGGCGAGGCAGUUUGUAGAGACGUGGGAACUGAGAAGCCGCAGUAAACUUUGUAAAAAAUGGCUGAACUAGUUGAGUUGCAAAGCGAUCAAACAGAGUUGAAGGGGCUCUUAGAGCAGGCCAAACGUCCACGUGUUAGAGUGGUUUUACAAAAUGAACUAAGCAUUGUCGACGCUAAGAUCAACGAAAUCGAAAGGCAGAGACUACAAGAUGAUGUCGCUUGUAUGGAGAGUGACGAUAAAGAGAACCCCAGCACACAUCAAAGUUUUGAAAGGCGAGAAGGUCGUGUUCAAAGAACCAAAAUUACUUCUUACGAUGCCACACUUAGAAAUUCAAAUGCCAACAACUCUGGCAAAAGCAAUUCAAGCAACAAGGAAGGUCGUUAUCCGUGUCAAGCAUCCGGAUGCUCAUAUGUUUGUCGAUGGCAGUGUGAAAUGAAGGUUCACAUGAACAAACAUACAAAGGAAAGACCGUAUGUUUGUGAUUGGGCUAAUUGUGGAAAGAGUUUUGGCGAUAAGAGUUCUAUGCGCACUCAUUACAACGCAGUUCAUUUAAAACUAAAGAAGUUUAAAUGCCACGUUAAAGGAUGUAGUCUAUCUUUCACUUGCGCAAAGAGUCGAAAUCGUCACAGUAGAAAUACGAAACUUCACGAGAAACUGUUCAGUGGACAGUGUUUUCGUGACCAAUACAUGUGCGUCAACCACAGUACUGCUGCACGUAAAGAAGAGAAUGUCACUAAAAUAGAGCCUGAAGAAAGCGUGAAAAAAACUGGAGACAGUCAUUUCGAAAAAGAGCAGGUGCCAAGUCCUACAGUUGAUUUUGAACCAAAAUUCUGCCUGGAUACUUCCAAGAUGCAUAACCCUAUGGGAUUGAUGUUACUUAAUCAUCGAAGUUUUCUGCAGAAACCGCAGACGGUGACGAUCUAUGUAGAUCUCGCAAACGUUGGUAGUCUUCAGAAAGAACAGAUACAAGUAGACUAUGGGAAACGCAGUCUUAAUGUUGUCGUGAAUAAUCUCAAUGGUAAGAUGUACGAACUUAGUCUUCCCAUGUUGGGAGGAGAAAUUGUCCCUGAGAAAUGUAAGCAUAAGGUCAAACCAAACACCAUAACUGUGAUACUGAAGAAGGCAACUGAUGGCGACUGGGAUGGAAUAUCGGCCACCGAAGUGAAACAGAAGAGAGCUAGAGAAGAGAAAACGAAGAUGAGUGAUAUGGAUAAGGACAAAGAUCCUUCUGAAAGUCUUAUGGAUCUCAUGAAGAAAAUGUAUGACGAAGGAGAUGACGAGAUGAAGAGAACCAUUGCCAAAGCCUGGACCGAAUCACGUGAGAAGCAAGCUGCUGGUGGCCCAAUGGUAUAAGUUUUUCUCUGUUUUAAUAUAACCCAUGAAACGUAAUGCAUGCUACUAAUCUCUUGUCUUGAACAUUAACUGUUUAUUUAUUGUGAGUCGUUUAUCUGUAAACGAAGGAUAUUGUAAGAGCGACUUUUUUAAUUUAUCUCUGUUGACUCCAAUUUGAUUAAAGCUUUGUCAGAAACA